UUUCCCCCUCCCUACUCGUUCUAUUUCUAUCUAUCCGAAUUCGGAUUCCCUUGUCACCCAAUCCACAACUCCCAAGCUCCUCCUUAAACACUCACACUCAGAGACUGACACAGCUAUGCAUUUCAUUUUGGACGCAACCACCGUCUGAUGAACACCACACUCAGAAAGAAUGGACGGUCUAAUUGGUCUCACCAACAACACCUUCUUUACCCGUAUUAUCCAUUCAUUUUCAUCCACAGCCACAGCCACAGCCAGAACCAGAACCAGAACCAUCUCUUUAACUCGAAAAUCCCAGAAUGGAAAAUUCAUAGUUUCAGCUUCUAAAGAAGGAGACACUCCCAAAAAUCCUAAACUUGAUCGCUUGGACCAAAUGGAGCUCAAUUUCGGUCAGUUGCUUGGCGAGGACCCCAAACUCACUCUUGCUAAGAUAAUGGGUAGGAAAGCAAACCCAGAUGCUUCGUAUCUUGAAAUUGAGAAAAAAUUUUAUAAGAAAAAGGGUAAGUUAGUGGAAAUUAAGGAGGUUCCGUUUGACGGGUCGAAGGAAGUGCAGACUUCCAGUUCUUUGGAUGGUUUGGAUUUGGUUCGACCUGUGCCAAAGAAAGGAUUCGCAUUUAAAGCUGAUGAUAAGCUGAUGGAGAUGAAAAAACCAAGCAAACCAGUUGGGAAGGCAGUGGGUAGUAACAAAAGUAGUAUUCCUAAUGUUAUCUUGAGAAAACCAACCGUGUUUAAUGAGGAUGAUGUUGGAGAAAAGCCAUCAAGGUUGAGGAUUAAACCGAAUUUGUCAUUGAAAAUGGGGAAUGGACAAGUGAAAGAUAGAUUUAGUGACAUGACGCUAUUGAGGAAGCCGGAGCCAGUAACUGUCAAUCAAUCUAUUGAGAAGAAACAAGAGCCCUGUGGUAAUGUGGAUGACAAAGUAGUUGAUGAUCUUGAAUCAAAGAUGAGGAGAGAAGAAGCAAAUGACAAAGUUAGUGAUUUUGCACUGUUAAAAAAGCCUGAACCUAUGAGUGUCAACACAAAUCUUGAGAAUAAUAGACAGCAAUUUAGGAGUGUAGAAGUUACAGUCCAGGAUGAUAUUGAAGAGAAUGCUUUGUCAGGCUUAUCAGAAUUUACUGCAACUGCCAACACAACAAAGAACAAUUAUGAGGAGAUCAUGGAUGGCUUAAUUUCAAAUGGAAGCAAACAAGACAAUGACUUUGUUGGAUUACAGUCACUCAAGCUGAGUGAUAUGGGGUCCAGUCAGGAGAUUACUGCUUUGAGUGAUACCUAUGCAGUUGAUUCCAGAGUCAAGUUGUCCACGGAAGCUGCACUACAAGGAAAACCAAAAAGAUUAAACCAGUCUGUGAAAAGAACACAAAAGUCUAAUAGAGAAGAGACAGUUUUUGUGAAUUCUAAAGGUGAUGGUGAUGCUGUUGAGUUAAACAAUCUUGUUGCUACAUCACCUUUGGAGGAAAGUGGAGAAACUGAUUGGACUAAGGCAGAAGAUCUGGUUAAGACAGGAAAUAGGGGAGAAGUGGAAUUAAUAAGCUGUAGCACCAGAGGUUUUGUUGUAUCUUUUGGUUCAUUGGUAGGGUUUUUGCCAUACCGAAAUCUUGCCGCCAAGUGGAAGUUCUUAGCUUUUGAGUCAUGGUUGAGACAAAAGGGCGUAGACCCAUCAAUGUAUAGACAAAAUUUAGGAAUUAUUGGAAGUUAUGAUGUAGCAAACAAGACACUUAACUUGAGCUUAGAUCAAGAAGUUGAUCUAAAAAUCGGGGGAGAAAUAUCAGCAGAUAUGAAGUUGGAAGAUCUUCUUAGAGUUUAUGAUCAAGAGAAAAUCAAAUUCUUGUCGUCAUUUGUGGGCCAGAGACUCAAAGUAAAUGUGAUGUUGGCAGAAAGAAGAUCUAGAAAGCUUAUAUUUUCAGCAAGGCCAAAAGAGAAAGAAGAGCUGGUUGAGAAAAAGAAAAUUCUCAUGGCUAAACUUCAAGUGGGGGACGUUGUGAAAUGUUGCAUCAAGAAGAUUACUUAUUUUGGUAUUUUUGUGGAGGUUGAAGAAGUGCCUGCAUUAAUUCAUCAGACAGAAGUAUCAUGGGAUGCCACUCUGGACCCUGUAUCAUAUUUCAAAAUUGGUCAGGUCGUGGAGGCAAAAGUUCACCAAUUGGAUUUUACACUUGAACGCAUUUUUUUGUCAUUGAAGGAGAUUACGCCAGAUCCAUUGAUUGAGACCUUGGAGUCUGUGGUUGGUGGUCGUGAUCCCUUGGAUGGGAGAUUACAAGCAGCCCAAGCAGAAACUGAGUGGGCUGAUGUGGAUACUCUUAUCAAAGAAUUGCAACAGAUUGAAGGGAUCCAGUCUGCAUCAAAAGGCCGUUUUUUCUUGAGCCCAGGUUUAGCUCCAACAUUUCAGGUGUAUAUGGCAUCCAUGUUUGAGAAUCAGUACAAGCUACUUGCUAGAUCUGGAAACAAAGUACGAGAGGUGAUAGUUCAAACAUCACUGGGUAAGGAAGAGAUGAAAUCUGCAAUCCUAACAUGUACCAACAAGGUGGAAUAGUUGUUUGUCACUCUCUGGUGAUUGUAAAUUUCAUUGGGGAAUGCACAUAUGACUCUGGGAGUCAUCUUGGGAAAUCCAGAGGAAAAAUAUUACGGGGAAAUCAUUUACAACGCAACAAGGGUCAGAAUUUUCUUGUUCAUUUAUAGAGGCAAAUUUCUGUAAAUUCUUUCAAGUCGUAAUGUAAAAUUAUAAAUAUAUAAUCGUUCUUAUUUUGAUCCAGUAUGUCAGUUAUACCGUUACUUCUUUAUUGAUAUGUGAAUUUGAAAUAAUUAGGUGUGAGAUAUCAUUUCAAAUCUAUAACAAGUGUUCCUAAUUCUAUUUAA